GCACUUUUGAGAUAAAUGUUUUCUUUUCCUUUAACAGGUUUAGGAGAACAAUAUGAUUGGGUUACCUUUGAAGAUGGAUUGAAGCUAGCCAAAGAGAACGACAAACCUAUGAUGUUGGUCAUUCACAAGACUUGGUGUGGAGCAUGUAAAGCAUUAAAACCGAAGUUUGCUGCCAGUGAAGAAAUACUUAAAUUAAGCAGUGACUUUGUGAUGGUCAACGUAGAGGAUGACGAGGAACCUGAAGGGUCUCAAUUUCAACCCGACGGUGGAUACAUUCCUCGUAUAGUCUUUCUAAACUCAGACGGCGUAGUUCAAAGUGACCUAAUCAACACGUUAGGAAAUCCCCAAUACAAGUACUUCUAUUCAAAUGCUCUAAUGGUGACUGAAGCAAUGAAAUCUGCAGUCAAAGCACUGGGAGGAAGCAGAAAUGAUGAGUUGUGACAUGGAUCUCUAGUUUAAACUAUUUAUCAAGCAAUAAUGGCAGGUGCCCACUCUUGUGAUGUAAACACUAGGGCCCGAACUCACAAAGGAGGUUUAACUUAACCCAUGGUUACUUUAAACCCUCAUUUACAUAACCCAUGGUUUAAAAAUUAGUGCAAAAUAGGUGUUGCUUGCCUUGCGCGCGUCUAAUAUUGGACCUCUGACUGUGUCCUGCUUAUGGGUUAUGUAAAUAAAGAUUUAAACCAUGGGUUGAAUUUAAACCUCCUUUGUGAAUUUGGGCUUUUAUGAUUUGUCUAUUCAGAGACAGAAAGGUGCUAACUCUUUCUAAAAGUGUAUGACAGGCCUUUUGAUGUCCCUUACUAAUGCUACUUAUCUUGACAAUAAUAAGACGUUUAAACAUAAUUUUUUCACAAUACAAUACAAGUAAAGCACAGGUUCACCAUUUUCUGAUGGUCAGAAUAACAUUACCUCAUAUAAUGUAUACUAUUUAUAUGUGAUGCAGAUAUCGUUCCUUUGCCACAUGUUAGCCAAUGUUAUUUUUUUAUGGGAUAGAUAUAGGCCUACCAAAGGCUUUCAAGAUUAUUUUACUAUUAAUCUAUACUGAUAUUAAAAGGGUUGUCAUGGAAAUAACGAAGACCCUAGUAACGGGUAAUUUUGCAAAACCAUCGUGAUGCACAAUGAAUCGUUUUGUUAGGUGGUGUCUCUAUCGUUUUGUGCACGUGUGUCAAACAAGUGACCUUGCAGAGAGUUGAAGAAAGCACCCAAAAUGUUAAUGCCCCACUGGCUUUCGAGUGUAAACUUUGUUUGAAGUUAAUAUUGUACUGUGGUCAAAACAGAUAUAUAUAUUGUAAUGGUUCGUUCGUUCAUGUCUCCUUAGAUCAGGAUAUUUAUGUAAAGUUCCUUAAUUCGAUUAAAUUAAAUUAAAUUAAGUUCUUCCAUCGCCCGAUUGCUGCAAUGGCCGUUUCAUUAACGAGGGCCAGGUCUUCAUCUGUAAUAGUGAUUCAUGCCUUUGAAGAUGGUUCAUGGUAUACCUGGUCAAAAAUAAUCGUUUCUUUGAGACCAACAUCAUAGACAUACACACUCUAGUAUUCAACAUCGCAAAGUGGAUACUUAGUUAGAAUAGGAUACUUAGAAAAGGAUUUUAGGAGUGAUAAGAUUUGUUAGGUGCAUGUAAAUGUUAGAAAUAUUCUGUAGCUGAAUUUAUAUUAGUUUUUCAUAACUUUAUAUAAAAAAAAUGAUUGCUUAGUCUAUAGGCCUUUAUAGUUGUAUAGUCUAUUAGUAUGGGCCUUUAUAGUUGUAUACUUUUACAGACAAGUGCCUUGAAAUACUCAUAUUUUGAGGUACUUUGUGGAUUAAUAUGACAGUCGUUGACCCAUACCAUGCAAAACUUCAUUAUACAUAUAAAGGUGGAAAAUGAUUUUUAUAAAUUUGUGUAUGAAAUGCAUGGACUGAGUAAUUACACAAAAUACCUAUAUUAGACUUAUGAUUCUGGGCCCUGUUUCAUACAACUUUUUUCAAUAACAAAUGCUAAAUUGCUAUGACAAAUUUACAAAUUUGCUCUCAGCCAAUCAAUGCCACGAUUUCAGUAGCUUAUAAAAGUUAUGGUACCUUGUUACGGAUGACAAGUUUUGUGAAACAGGGCCCUGGUGUCUGGAUAAAAUGUUUUAAUAUCAAUUUAAAGAGAUUUAUAUUUAUCCAAGCUUAUGGUUGAAAUUGCAUUCCUUUUUUCUACAAAAUCAUGGACAUGCAUUUGGUUCUUGUCAAAUUGUUACAGAUGAUUACUUUUCUAAUUGGUAGAUGGACUAAGCAAAAUACAUUCUCACAAGCCAAACAAGCUUUACUAAUUUGUUGCUUUUGUCUACAUUCUAUAGGUGACAUAUUCAUUGAGUAACAAAAGAUCUUAGUUUGAAUUUAUUAGGCUGUGUAUGUUAUCUAGACAUUUAUAUAUAUUUAUAUAUAGAAUGUUAUUACACUGCAUGAAUAAAAAAGAAAAAAGAUAAAUCUCAA